CCGCCUGUUCUAUACCUCAACAACACUCGGAAGACUUCAUGAAUAGCGUCUCCAGCCGAUCAUGGGCUCUAAAUCGCCAGAAGAACAUCAGCAAGGCCACAAUGGGUCGUCCGGAGACGCCGCAAUUGCAGUGGUUAACCCGCCCAAGUCAGCCGUCGCGAGCGGCUUACUUCAAGGCAUGCUCGAAGGGCAGGGAGAAGGCGAUGACGAUGACGACGACGAUGACGAGAAGAAUCGAGUUGACGUGAAGACAACGGAUGGUGCUAAGAAAAAGAGGAAGCGCAAUAACAAGAAGAGGAACAAAAAGGGACCAGCUACACAACAGUCAUUCCCACCCAAAGUCCCUCUGUCGGAUCUAUUUGAUGGCCGUCCUUACCCUGAAGGUCAGAUUGUCGACUAUGCCCUGAAAGAUGACAACCUCCAACGUACCACGGCCGAAGAGCUUCGGCAUGAAGCCGCCAUGAGUAACAUGGACGGAGACUUUCUUAAGGACUACCGCAAGGCUGCUGAGAUACACCGUCAGGUCAGGCAUUAUGCGCAAAAGCUGGCCAAGCCCGGUGUGUCCAUGACUUACCUUGCUGAAGAGAUAGACGAAGGUGUCCGUGCACUGACUGGUCACCGUGGUCUCGAACCUGGCGACAGUCUCAAAGCUGGGCUGGCAUUUCCGACUGGACUUUGCCUGAACCAUAUAGGCGCACACUGGACGCCAAAUGCAGGUGCCAAAGAAGUCUUCCUUCAACAUGAUGAUGUCCUCAAAGUUGACUUUGGGGUCCAUGUCAAUGGCAGGAUUGUCGAUAGUGCAUUCACUGUGGCUGCUAACCCAGUCUACGACAACCUGCUAGCAGCCGUAAAAGCGGCCACCAACACCGGACUCAAGGAGGCAGGCAUUGACGCCCGGAUCGACCACAUUAGUGAGGCCAUCCAAGAAGUAAUGGAGAGUUACGAGGUCGACCUCAACGGCAAAACAAUCCCCAUCAAAGCCGUCCGCAACAUCACCGGCCACAAUAUCCUCCGCUACCGCAUCCACGGCGACAAGCAAGUUCCCUUCAUCAAGACCAAGACCAACCAACGCAUGGAGGAAGGCGACAUCUUCGCCAUCGAAACGUUCGGUAGCACAGGGAAGGCCUAUCUGCGAGACGACGUCGGUGUAUAUGGCUACGGACGCAGUCAGCACGCCAACACGGCUGGCUUGCACCACGCAUCCGCGAAAUCGCUUCUCAAGACCAUUGACGAAAACUUUGGUACUUUGGUCUUUGCCCGUCGCCAGCUCGAACGUAUCCCGGGGGUCAAGAGCUACCAUCUUGGUAUGCGCUCGCUUGUCAAUAGUGGUGUUGUUGAGGCCUAUGCGCCACUUGUUGAUAUCCCUGGGUCGUACAUUGCGCAGUUUGAACAUACAGUUCUACUGCGUCCUACGUGCAAGGAAGUUGUUUCUCGUGGAGACGACUACUGAUGUGGGGUUUAGGAGAAGAAGAUGGGCGCAAAGUCGACUUGGCUGAUUUAUGUUUGGCAAGAAGUUGUAGACAACCAGUAUGAGUUUGAUUGUCGUCCUCAAUGCUGAGAGGAGCUCAGCGCCAUUCGUUUAUUGGGGGUCUGUGAUACCUUGGUUUCAACACAAAAAGGUCACAGCAAUUCGGCAGAAGGAGCUGUUUUCAACAACGUUCCUUGAACACUUUAUGUAGUUUGAUAAAAUCACACAUCAAGCAGCAACACACUCAGUCAUAGCAGUGAAGAUAAAAGUAGCGCA